AGCGCCACUGCGCAUUUGGCCCGCAGCUGAUGAGAAAUUGAAAAUGUCAUUAGAAUGGUUAGAUACGGGCCAGCCCAGCACGCACCUGUGGUUGCACCGACUCGUGUUGAGGAACACGGCCCGGUGGGUGGGCACCUCCGCGUGCGGCACCUCGGGGACGUCGAGCGUGAUCGCAAUCGCGUUCGUCAGGAUAACACCCUCCAGUCCGGGCCGCUGCGUGCAGUUCGCCAGCCCCAUCAGGCGCGCCGCGCACUCGGGGCUCAGCCUGCGCAGGAGCGACGCGUAGACGUCCGCCUCGGUCUUCCGGUCGAAGCACGUCAUCAGAUACGGCACGACGACCGCCGGCCGCUCAACGAGCACCGUGCCCCCCGCCGGGAUGUUCCGCGAAGCGAACAUCCCCUGUCCGGCUGCCCCGCCGGGCGUCGCUUGGAUGCUGAACGUGCUUCCUUUCGGCGCCGCGGUGCGGGCCCGCGGCACGGGCGUCGGCAGCAGCCGCCGCACGCCGACGUCCAGGAACGCGGCGGUCUCGGUGUCGGCGUCGUGCGCGUAGGGCACGCGGAAGGCCUCGUACACGCGGCUCCCGACAUGCCCCGCGAGGUCGAAGUACGGCGAGUCGAGCAGCGGGUUCGUGCGGAUGUGGGCGUUCAUGCGGUUGCACACGUUCAGCGGCGGUAAAGAAGAGACGUCGUGCAGCGCGAGGUGGGAGGCGGGGCUCACGCGACGUCGUCGGGCUUGGAGGGAUUGAGGGGUGGCGUAAAGCGGCGGUGGCGGUGGU